AUACGCCUAGAUCACGUCACAACACAUAACAGAGCUGCAUUUCAUAAAAUCAAGUAUACCAGCUGAAUUAAAUAUUUUUUAAAAUAAUUUCCAUUAAAUAAGUAAAGUAAAAUAAUAAUUUAACUAAUAAACAAAAGAAAAAUCCUCAAAUAAAAUAUUAAGUGUCGUUUAAAUUGGUUGUGUAAUAGCUAAUCGCACAAAAAAUGUAUUAGUCAUUAACCAGACGACUACUACUAAAUUAAACAACUACGUUGUAUGGGGACGACGACGGCCAUCUUUUUUUCAUUAACGUCACACAAAUGCUUGUGAAUAGACACACACAGAAUUUGUUUAAAAUUUUUGUGAAAAUUUUACCAAAAAAACUACGUAAAAGUGCAAAAAAUAUUAUUUAAAAUUAAUUUUUUCAAUAUAUUUGCCAUAAAUUAUUAAAAAUUAAUGGACAAAAACCGUUUAUUGUGUGCUUAAAGUUAGUGGAAUUUUUUUACAUCAGCCGAGGCGAGCGAAAAAAUUUUUUGUGUGUGUACCACCAAACGAAUUUGUGUAGAAAGUCAUAAAACACGAAAAUUACUAGGGCGAGAAAGAGAAGGUCGUAGAAUUGUACGAUAAAGACGGCAAAUCUUCGUAUUUUUUUGUAUUGUUUUGAUUUUUGGGACUUGGUCUUGUAGUGUAUUCAGAGGUUUUCUGGAAAAUGAUGGAAAAUUAUGAACAGGCUAGAUUAAAUUCAGAUAGAUUAGAACAAUUAGAUGAUGUGCUACCCAUAAAAUUGCAGGAGAGAAAUGAAUUCUUUAAUUCCGUGGAGGAAUUUGCUGUAAACAACAAACAAAAUUUUAAUUUUGGCGCCAAUAUUUUGAACACAAAAACAAUGUCGACUUCGUCGUCGUCAAUGGCAUCUACAACAACAGCAACAACAAAUGCCAAUAGUAGUAGUUGUGGCGAAGAAGUGGUCAAAACAAAUAAUGAAAUAAUCAAAACAUUAACAUUACCGCCAACUGCUGAUGCAGAUUUGGAAGCAUCUCUAAUCGCGGACACACCAGUAAGUGUAACUGAUGAUCCUGAGGAUCCCUUCAAAAGUAUUGUGGAUAGCGAGGAGGAAGAAGGCGAAGAUGAUGAGGAAGAAGAACAAAGCUAUCAAACAGAUAACAAUGACAAUUCCCAAUUAACACAGGACUCGUCCCAAUUCCGGCAGUCGUCUAAAGAACAUGAAGAUGAUGAUGAAGACAAUCCGGAUACAGAUGACUCGACUUCAGACUCCGAUUUCUCGGACCUAAGUGGCCUCUCCGAUAUGUCGGGUCGUGAAUGGAAGCCCAUUAAUCAACGUCCCCUAAAUUGGGUGCAGAAACAAAUACAUUCAGGAGCCAAUCCCAGAGAAAUACUCUCAAAAUUUCUACCUUCUUCGGCUCAACGCAUUAGUCCGGAACUAACCGAUAUGACUUUGUGGCGUAUAUUAGCAAGCAUGCUAUCAGAACCGCCCCGGAGGAAGAAACUUUCAUAUGUCAACACUUUCGAGGAUGUCAUUGAUCUUUUAAACAAAUCCAAAAACAUUAUGGUACUCACUGGUGCUGGCGUUUCAGUAUCGUGUGGCAUUCCCGAUUUCAGAUCUUCGGAUGGCAUUUACUCACGUUUAGCUAAAGAUUUCCCUGAUUUGCCCGAUCCCCAGGCCAUGUUUGACAUUAACUAUUUCUCGCGUGAUCCCCGUCCUUUCUAUAAGUUUGCCCGUGAAAUCUAUCCGGGACAAUUUAAGCCCUCUCCCUGCCACCGUUUUAUAAAAAUGUUGGAACAAAAGCAAAAGUUGUUGCGGAACUACACACAAAACAUAGACACUUUGGAACAGGUUGCUGGUAUUAAAAAUGUUAUUGAAUGUCAUGGUUCCUUCUCGACGGCCUCAUGUACUAAAUGCAAGUACAAAUGCGAUGCUGACAGUAUACGCAGUGAUAUCUUUGCCCAACGUAUACCGGUGUGCCCGCGAUGUCAACCCAAUGUAGAGCAGAGUUUGGAUGCCUCAGAGCCGGUGUCGGAGAAUAAUUUGAGGCAGUUGGUGGAGAAUGGCAUAAUGAAACCAGAUAUUGUUUUCUUUGGCGAAGGUCUACCCGAUGAGUUCCAUACAGUUAUGGCCAGUGAUAAGGAUAAAUGCGAUUUGCUUAUAGUCAUGGGUUCGUCUUUAAAGGUGCGUCCCGUGGCUUUAAUACCCAGUUCUAUACCAAAUCAUGUACCACAGAUACUUAUCAAUCGCGAACAGUUACAUCAUCUCGAAUUUGAUGUUGAAUUGCUGGGUGAUGGUGAUGUUAUCAUCAAUCAAAUUUGUCAUCGUUUGGGUGAUGAUUGGAAAGAUAUUUGCUUUAGUGAGGAAGUAUUAAAAGAAUCCAAAGAUUUGAUACCCCUAGAAGAUGAUUUGGAAUUAGAUGAAGAUACAGCAAAAGAGGUUUCUGCGGAUGUUAUGGAUACACUCUCCAUGAAAUCAAAUCAAACUGCUGCUACCCCAACCACAACUACUUAUUCCGAUUCGGGUUUUGAGACUUCAUCCACCUGCUCUAAAAAAGAAGGAGAAUUUCUUUCUCCAGAAUAUAUGGAUGAACCCAUGGAAUCAACUAGUUUUGGUGGCUCUUGCGACUAUCGUCAUUUAUCCAUUGACUCGUCGAAAGAUAGUGGUAUAUUGGGCGAUGCUUCUAAUUCAGCCCUAACACCCACUUUUUCUAAUUUGGUGGAUACGGCAGAAAUGAACAAGAACAGCAACAACCUUAACAUGCCCGCCUCUACAACACAAGCUAUAAACAACAAGCCCGUGGUGGAUAAUUUACACAAUACCAAAACAGCCGAUACAAAUUGUUCUGAAGCCGAGAAACAAAGUAUUAGAAGGCAAAUGAAACAUCAAAGCGCCGCUGAACGCUUAUACAAGGGAACCUAUUAUGUACACGAUAAUACAGCAUCAUAUGUAUUUCCGGGGGCCCAAGUUUCUUGGUGCUCAGACUCAGAAGAGGAAGAUGAAGACAAUUUAGAUGAAUAUGAUGACAAUCUGCCCCACAAUGAAGAUGAGGAUACAAAUCAUGCCCCCUUGUCACCCUUAAUGACACCUUCGGUGGAAAAUGAAAUGGUUAACGCAAUUUCCAAUACCACGACCAACACACAACAAACCAGUAAUAGUUUUACUAAUAGUGUGUCAUUAAACUCCUGCCUUCCUCAAACUAAAGCACAACCUCAAACGCCGCCACCACAACCAAUACAAACCCACAGAAAACGUCAUUCAAAUGAGACACAUGCUGAGCCAGCGUCAUUUGAUUCUUCUGCUCCAACUGAGGCUAAUGAGUUUACUACGGGCAGUAAUAGUCCUCCUCCUUACAAAAAGCGGCGAGAUUCUGCAGAACAACAAACUACAACUUCCCCAAACAUCAGUUUAGAAUCUUCAUAAACACACCAUUUUUUCUAUCUAGUGUAAGUUUUAUUUAGUUAUUUUUUUAUGUUUUUGUAAUAAUUUUAAAUUUAUGAUUAAGGAUAAUUAUUUAACAAGGAAGAUUUAUUUAAAAAUUACUUUAUUUCGUUUGAAGUGGAAAUUUUGAUGAGAAAAUUAUUGAGCUUUUUUUUAUUAGAUUUAUACUAAAUUUAAUUGAAUUGAAUUAUGGAGUUUUAUAAUUUUUGCAGGAAUAUAUUCGUUUGAAUUAUGUUUUUUUUUUUUUUUGAAAUGAAAAAGCUUUUUAAAUGUAAGCUUUUAUAAAAGAAAGAAAACUUUUUGUUAAGGAAAGCUUUUUGAAGAAACACUUUUAUAAAAGAGAUUUCUUUAAAAGAAACUUUAAUUAGAGAAUGUUUUUAUAAAAUGAAAGUUAAAGCUUUUAUAAAUUAAAACUUAAAAAAAUGCUUUAGUUAAAGUUAACUGCUUAAAGGUAAUUUUUAUAAAAGAAAACUGUUAUAAAAGAGAACUUUUAUAAUAUCGUUUCAUAUUAAAAUAAAGCUUUUAUAAAAGUAAAAUAAUAUUUUAUAAAACUUUAAAGCUUUAUAAAAAGAAUCGUGCUUUUAUAAAAGGAAUCAUUAGUAAAUGAACUCUUUAUAAAAAAGCUUUUAUAAAGGAAAGCUUUCAUAUAAGAAAGCUUUUAUAGAGGUUUAGCAAACUGAAGAUUGUGAAAAUAUGAAACAUUUAUUAUCUUUGUUUCUUUCGCAAAACUUUAAUUAAAAUAAAAAGUUAUAAUAAUAACAAUUUAAUUUAAUGUUCAACUUCAAUACUUUUGUAAUUAUGUGUAAAUUUGUUUUAGUUUUAUUACAUUUUAAAUAGUUUUUAAGAAUUAUAUAUUUCAUUCUUUGGAUAAAACAGUACUAAGCAGCUAAAAAUUCCUCUAUUGUUGUUAAUUUCAAAUGAAUUAAUUGUGGAAUUUAAAAGAAAAAAAGAUAAUGCUGUUGAAUGGAAUAUAAACCCUAUAGCCCCCUUAGAGUUAUACCAUGUAAAUAGUUAUUUAAAAUCGCUUAUUAUUUUUGUUUAUUUAAAGCAUUUAAUUAUUAUAUUAUAUCAAACAAAAAGAAAAUAAAACCAUUUAAAACAAAUCUAUACAAAUAAAUUUUUAAUUAACCCACAAAAAGCUUAAAAUAACAAAUGUAGUUUUUAUAUAAAACUUAAAGCAUUUUUUUAAUUUUUCUUUUUUUUUUUUUAAUAAAAUAUAAACUAAUGUAAGAAAAAUAACUAAUAAAAUCUAAAGUAUUUUUGUUAUUAUAUUUUUAAGGCUUGAAGCAAUAAGAAAUUCUGUUUGAAAAAGCAAAGAAUUUUAAUAAAUAAUUUGUGCGUUUGCUACAUUUAGAAAGCUUUUUGUUCAUUUUUGUUUUGUCUUUCAUCAAUUUAAUAUCAAACAAAAAGUAAUCUUUAAAUAUAUAAACAAAACACAGCGCACACUUAAACAUUUUAUACACACAAACAAAGAAGUAAGAUAUUUAAAAUUUAAUUAAUUAAAGAAAAAUAAAAAAAUAAUUAAAAUUUCUAGUAAACUAUAUAAAUAAAUAAAACUAUGUAAUUAUAAUAAAACUAAAAUAUAUUAUUACAAAACUAAUUUAUUUUCAAAUAGUAAAUAGUACUAUGUAAUUUUAGAUUUAAAAAACUAAUAGCAGUUGAAUACAAACAAGAGUAAAAACAACAAACAAAAAGCCAGCCUACCUUAAAACAUACCUAAACAUAAAACAUACAUAAUAAUAUUAUAUUUUUCUAAAAAAAAAAAAAAAACUAUAUAAACAUAAAACCCAGCUACACAGGAUUUAAUUAGAAAAAAAGGCCUAAUAACCUAAAGUUUCACU